AUGCCAGCCACCGUGGCAUCCCGGCUCGCCCUGCGAACAUCCCGACAGGUUGCAAGAGGACAAUUCCGCAGACAAGCUUCGACCGCCAGCGAAACCGCCGCGAAAGCGAAGGACUCAGCUUCUUCAACCGUCUCGAAAGCUUCGGAAGGUCUCUCGAGGGUCACGAGCUCCGCUGGCCCGGCCAUCUCCAAUGCCGCCACGAGCGCAAGAAAUGCCCUGGGGAGAGUUGGUGGCAGGACCGGCAGACUCAUUUCGUUUGUUGAAUCAUUAAUACCACCUACCAUCUACUACAGUCGCGUCGGUCUCGAGCUCGCCAAGUUCACCAUCCAAGGCCAAAAGAUGGCUCCUCCCUCUGUCGCACAGUUCCAGUCCUACUUCGCACCCGUGACCAACGCCCUCCGCCAACCGACCACGCUCGUCAACCGCAUCAGCUCCUACGAUCCCGUUGCCACGCUCAACACCAUCCGCAACGUCAACCGACAGCAGCUUGCCCAGUUCGGCGUUGUAGGCGCAGAAAUUCUUGGCUUUUUCACCGUUGGCACCAUGAUCGGAAGAAUGAAGGUUGUUGGCUACCACGGCGAGCCCGCACACGGCCACUAG